CGCGCUCUGAAUUGCGCUUGAAAGUUGAACCGAAAGUAAACGCCAAUCCAGCAUAUAAGAACAAUGGCAGAGGCAACAGUUUCGUUGACUCCACUGGAGCAACAGAAAAUAGAAGCAAAUUAUGCCAAUAUAGUGACUGAUGUUCGAGCUGAAGAUAUUAUGGACAAAUUUGUUGAUGAAGGUUUCUUCACCAUAGCAGAUGUAGUUGACGAAAUCAUGAAGGAAAAUUCUGGCCGAAUGGAACGGCUUGUUUCGCUGCUUUCUAACAGCAAGCAAAAAGCAGGAGUAUUUAAUUUCUUUGUAAAACAACUAGAAGAUAAUCGUCAUGAAAAAUUGGCCAGACAAAUAAGAGAAACAGAGAAAAAACCCACUCAAGUCACAGAAGGCAGAGAAGAUUCAUUUGGGUAUCUGGAUAUUCCUGAUAAAUUGAAAGACAGAAGAGUGACAGAGGAACAUGCCAUGUUUCUGUCAAAAGCAGUUCCUAAAUCACAUGAAUUUGGAGAUUGUCUUUCUUUGGGGGAGACAGAAAUCUCACACAUUCAAGCAGAAUAUGGAAAGUUUAGACCAUCAACAGUUAUACAGCAACUCAUCCUCAGGUGGAGAGCCAAGGAAGGCAGCUCAGCAAAGCUCAAAAAUCUACUUGAUAUUUUUCAGAAAAAUUCAGACAAAUUUGGCCUUGAUUUUAAUGCAUAUCAAACAGCAUUAGAAAAGAUUAGUAGGAGGUCAUGAACUAAUUUCCUUAUUGUUUAUUAUUUAUAAUUGAUUACAGGAUCUUGCAUCAGAUUUUACUUCAUACAAGAUGUAUGCUGUGAUGUAUAUAUGUAAAUAUAACCCACGGUUGUAUAUACCAGGUUUACCCGAGUGUCAUUAUAAUGUUGUACCCAUUAUGUUAAAUAAGACAAUCCAUUGAAGAUGACUGUUAGGCCUGAAAACAUUAUCAUUACUCAACAUUUGUUUGUUGAACUUAUUUUUCAAUUACAUCUCAUAAAAACCAGUAUACAGUCUACACAUAAACAAGUUGAAAAAACACCCAUGAGAUUAUUAUGUAAUGAUGAUGUAAUGAUGAUGUGAUGAUGAUAACGAUGGUGUGUUGAUGUGAAUGUGAUGAUAAUGUAUAGUUUGUU